AAGUUGAAGUUCACUCUUGAGCCAUCUUUAGGUCAGAAUGGUUUUCAGCAGUGGUACGAUGCUCUCAAGGCAGUUUGCAGACUAUCAACAGGAAUACCAAAGGAAUGGAGGAGAAAGGUUUGGUUGACCUUGGCAGAUCAUUAUUUGCACAGUAUAGCUAUUGAUUGGGACAAAACCAUGCGCUUCACUUUCAAUGAAAGGAGUAAUCCUGAUGAUGACUCCAUGGGAAUUCAGAUAGUCAAGGAUCUUCACCGCACAGGCUGCAGUUCUUACUGUGGCCAGGAGGCUGAGCAGGACAGGGUUGUGUUAAAACGGGUCCUUUUAGCCUAUGCUCGAUGGAACAAGAAUGUUGGUUACUGCCAAGGCUUUAACAUCCUGGCUGCUCUAAUUCUGGAAGUGGUGGAAGGCAAUGAAGGGGAUGCACUGAAAAUUAUGAUUUACCUUAUUGAUAAGGUACUUCCUGAAAGCUAUUUUGUCAAUAAUCUCCGGGCAUUGUCUGUGGAUAUGGCUGUCUUCAGAGAUCUCUUGAGACUGAAGCUCCCUGAAUUAUCUCAGCACCUGGAUACCCUUCAGAGAACUGCAAACAAGGAAAGUGGAGGUGGAUAUGAGCCCCCACUGACGAAUGUCUUCACGAUGCAGUGGUUUCUGACUCUUUUUGCUACGUGCCUCCCUAACCAUACAGUCUUAAAGAUUUGGGAUUCAGUCUUCUUUGAAGGUUCGGAAAUCAUCCUGAGGGUGUCGCUGGCCAUCUGGGCAAAAUUGGGAGAGCAGAUAGAAUGCUGUGAAACAGCUGACGAAUUCUACAGCACCAUGGGACGCCUUACCCAGGAGAUGCUAGAGAAUGACCUUCUGGAAAGCCAUGAACUCAUGCAGACUGUUUAUUCUAUGGCUCCAUUCCCUUUCCCACAGUUGGCAGAACUGAGGGAAAAAUACACCUACAACAUUACACCAUUCCCAGCCACAGUUAAACCCACCUCAGUUUCUGGACGACAUGGUAAGGUCAGAGACAGUGAUGAAGAGAAUGACCCAGACGAUGAAGAUGCUAUCACUAAUGCAGUGGGGUGCCUUGGACCUUUCAGCGGGCUCCUGGCACCCGAACUGCAGAAGUACCAAAAGCAAAUUAAAGAACCAAAUGAAGAGCAGAGUCUGCGGUCUAAUAACAUUGCAGAGCUGAGUCCAGGAGCGAUCAACUCUUGUCGAAGUGAGUACCACGCAGCUUUCAACAGUAUGAUGAUGGAGCGCAUGACCACGGAUAUCAACGCGCUGAAGCGGCAGUAUUCUCGGAUUAAGAAGAAGCAGCAACAGCAGGUUCAUCAGGUGUAUAUCCGGGCAGGAAAGAAGGUGAAGAUGUCAAACAGACCUGCCAAGAAUGCGGUCAUCCACAUCCCCGGCCACACAGGAGGCAGAACGUCUCCUGUCCCUUAUGAAGACCUCAAGACGAAGCUCAAUUCUCCGUGGCGAACUCACAUCCGAGUCCACAAGAAGAACAUGACGAGGACCAAGAGUCAGCUGGGCUGCGGAGACACCGUUGGGCUGAUAGAAGAGCAGAAUGAGGGCUGCAAGACUAAGAGCCCGGGGGCGGCGGAGUUCCCCUCCAGCCGCGCCGCGGCAGCUGGAGGAGAAGGUGGCAGCUCGGAAGGCCGUGUGGGGAGGACAAUCGAAGGGCAGUCUCCGGAGCCAGCGUUUGGGGAUGCCGACGCUGACGUGUCUGCGGUCCAGGUGAAGUUAGAAGCCUUGGAACUGAACCGGAGGGAUGCUGCUGCCGACCCCGAGCCCAAGGCACACGCGCCCUGCCAACGGCACUUCCCGGAGCUGCCUGAUACGCCCGGGGAAACCAAACCUCCCCAGGGCGGCCACCUGAAAGCACCCAUCUUUAGCCCUUUCCCCAGCGUCAAACCACUGCGCAAGUCAGCCACUGCCAGGAACUUGGGAUUAUAUGGUCCUACAGAAAGAACCCCAACCGUGCACUUUCCUCACAUGAGCAGGGGCUUCAGCAAAUCCAGCGGUGGAAACAGUGGCACUAAGAAACGAUGA